GCCACAAAGAAGAAGAACAAAAAAAUAAGACACCAGACUGUGGGGGCAGCAGUGAGCCUUUGCCGUGACUUGUCUAUCAAAUCAGAAGAAGAAGAAGAAGGAGUGUUUAUUGAUGCUGCAGGGCGGAACAACCUUUGAACGUUAUAAUUCACCUCUAAAUUCUAUCAGAAACACUCUGAUACAGUUAUACCCAUAGUGGGAGGACAGACACGGAGACAGACGAGAAAGUUCGAGCAUUGCUUCUCUUUGUGGGUCUGUCUGUGUGGGUCUGGAGAAGUCUGGACAUGUGCACGCAAACGAAGGCAGCGGCUCUGAUGGCCAACAUCCCGCAGGCGGACAUCGACCCGUCCGGAGUGUUUAAGUACGUCCUGAUCCGAGUCCACAGCAAAGAGGAGGGAGACGAUUCGGAGGUGGAUAUAGUCCGAGGAUACGGCUGGGCUGAGUACCACGGUGAGUGGGGAGCUCCGAGAGUAUGAGGGCUACAUUACAGAGUCCAUUAGUGGUUAUAAGAGCUGUAGUCCACAUGCGAAGCUAAGGGCAAUACAAGAAACCUGAGCUUAUUAUUUACUAAAACAAGUGCACUUACAACAGCCUUACUGUCAAACCUACUUUUAUAGGAGUGUCCAGCUUUCGUAUACACUACAGAGUUAACUCAAAGGCGUAAUAAUGUGAUAUUUUAUCUACAUCUACAACAACAAAGACCACCUGUUUAUUGUAAAGUGUAAUACUGCAAUGUUUCAAACAACUCAGGAGGCACAAUACCAGGGUUUCUGGUCUGAGAUCAAAUUGAAAGUUUAUAUUAACCAACAACAAGAAGUGAGUGAGUAAAAGGACCAGCACCAUAGACUGUAUAUAGAAUGGACGCCGUCUGCCUCCUCGCGGGGUGAAGCCACUCCGAGAACAGCACCCUCUGUUGAUAGGCUGCAGUAUAGGUCAUAAAUCCAGCCUCCGCCAGCAAAGCUUAUGGGGCUGUGGACCAACUUUAGACAUUUUUUUUAUUACACAGAACAUACAUUUUUCUCCCCCCGCUUGUGAUGUUGACAUGUAGUUAUUGUAAGACUGGUUUGUGCUCAAGUCCUCUUUUUUCUUUCUUUUAAAAGUUUUUUGGGGGUUCAUGUUUGCUAUGAUUGACACCUGAUACAGCCUAUGGGCGUUCAGGGAUUGAGUAGCUCUCCCGGGGGAUACGCUGUUUGAGCCGAGCGUCAUUACAGUGACUCUCUGCGACUGCGCGGCCGAAUGCGCACAACACUACUGCACAGCGCUGGUUUCAGGAAAUGAAGAAAAAUCCCGGAAAUACCAAGAGCUUUUGGCUUCAAAUCCGUAUACAGGCGGUAGGCGGAACCAGGUUGUCCAUAGUGUAUACAGUCUAUGACCAGCACACCUGACACACCUCUGACAUCUGCAUACAGUCACAGGUUAACAUGGACAGAGACUGCAGUGAUUCUGUCUCCGUGCCAUGUAUUUUUAAGGCAUCUGUAUGACCAUUUCGUCUGUUUCUCACUGUGUUUAUGGCCCUUUAUUUGCAAAAUAUCCCAAAUCCAUCGAUCAGUGAGGAGUAUAAAGUCCGUAAGUCCGCUAAAACGGAUAGCCGCGAUCCACUGUAAGUGCCUGACCUGUUAGUGCCUGACCUCGCACUGUAUUUAAACGCAUCCCACAAACAUUUUCACACCGCAUGUGGUACUGUGAGUACUACCCACGCCCUUAAUGCUCACAAAGAUACCGCAAAAUAAUUUCCUCUAACAACGAAAAGGUUUGUUAAAUUUCUCGCUCAGUGACGGCUAUAUUUUGGACAGGCAUUUGCACGGUCACCAAUUUUCGUCUUCUUAUGUUUUGUGUUUUCAGCUUUGUUUUUGACCCAAUAAACUCAUUCCCCCUAACAUGCAUGUCUCAAAGGCCCUAUAUAUAUAUAUAUAUAUAUAUAUAUAUAUAUAUAUAUAUAUAUAUAUAUUCCAUCAGAAGUCCUUGUUUUAAUACAUGGUUUCACUUAUAGUCUGUAUGUUUUCCUGCAGCUGAUAUUUAUGAUAAGGUUGCUGAGGAGCUGGAAAAGGAUGGACACCUGGACUGUGAAUGUGUUGGAGGAGGGAGGAUCAAACAUGACGCACAAGCCAAGAAGAUCCAAAUCUAUGGAUAUUCAAUGGUGAGAACACUGCUGAGUAAAGAGCCGAUAGAUGAGGAGUUAAAAGGAGUUAAGAGGCUCCAUAUUGUCUUUAUAAAUGAUCUUUUUACACAAUGAUUAGUUUGAUGCUAAAUAUUUAGGAUAACAGCUGUGAUGUGGUUAUUUUUUCUUGACCUAAUCAGACACCAAUGUGCUUAACAUGUCUACAGGGAUUUGGAAGAGCAAAUCAUGCAGUAUCAAGAGAAAAACUGAAGGCUCGAUACCCGGACUAUGAGGUGACAUGGGACAAUGAAGGAUACUGAGCAUACUUUGUUGGACACCCUUUCUCCUGGACUGACAUGGCACUUAUGUGUAACCCCUUAUGAUAACACAGAUCAUAUCAGUAAUACCACAAACUGCUUAAUGAAAAACUCCCCAAACAUUUGUUUUUCCUCAUUAUUUAAGGAAGCACAAGGCUGACAAUGACAAUUACAGAUGGAAGUCAAACCCUUCUUUGUGGAUGUGUUUACAGUACAAAAUAAGAGUACACAAAAAUAGCAAAUACUAAUAUCAGUAAAAAAUAUAUAAACCCAACCAUUCUUGAUAAAUUUGGAGUCUCAGUUCUGUGAUAUUUCAGAUAUUUUAGAGUUGAAAAAUAAAAACUGAUUUUGUAGCAACACAGUCACCUCUUGGUAUUAUUUUAUAAUUUUGACCUAAUUACUAGAUGUUUUAUAAAAUGAUUGUUUCAUUUUCCACCCUGAUGUUUGUUUUAUUAUUUCUGAACUCUGAUAUUUAAAUAUUUGCUUAUUUUGUUCCUUCAGUUGUGGUACGGAAACUUGUAAUGGCCCUUUAUUUUUGGUGAUCUUACUUUUGGCUCGACUAUUGUCAUUGAAAGAUUAGGACAAAGUUUUGACCGAUAUUGCUUUUCCAGAGCUGAUACUGGUAUUGAGUAUUUGUAGAUCAUUGUACCAAAUUUCAAAUCAACAGUACAAAUAAAAAACUUUUUUCAUAAUAUAGAAUUUGGAACACUACAAACUCCAACAACAUGAGCCUUUAGCAAAUCUUUAGUUAAAACUGAAUCAUUCAGCAUUGGGGCCUGACAGAUUUAUUGGCGAGCCGAUGAAAUCAGCCAAACUUAGCCCGUUUGAGACUAAUUGGUAAUCGGCCAAAACUCGACGAUUUUUGCCGAUAUUUUCAGAAAUAAAAUGUGGAGAAUAAGAUUCGGUUUCACUUCGAAAAUGUUCCACCAUUUGAAAAGUUCCCAGACUUAUCUCAUAGAUGGCGCAGCGACCUCAUGACAAUCGUCAUCCACUAACUACCUCACAGCACAGCAGAGUAACGGAUCUGAAGCAGUCAGCUCAGGGACGCACGGAGGAGAGUGGUCCGCCUCAAGGGUAAAUAAACCAGUUUGUGAAUCAACAAUAA